ACCCCCGUCCGCAUUCAGUUGAUAUUUGCCUGCCGGCAGCAGCAGAAGCAGCUUUUGGAGCCCACAUCAGGGGGGAAUAUGUGCGUCUGAUUGUGUGCCUAUGUUUCUGCGUGCGUGUGUGUGUGUGUGUCUGUACAUAUAUAUUUGUUCGCGCACAAGACUUUGAUUUAGAAUAAUAAACGCGACAAGUUAUUGUAAUUAGUACGUGAGCUUAAAUUAUAAUCGAAUAAACACGCGUAACAGGUAGCGAAAUAUUUAUAUUUAGCGAACAUUAUAUCACAAUAAAUAUAAAAAGAAUAAUUGGCGCAAAUUCAACAAUAAUACCAUAUAAUCAUAAUGUAUACGAAAAUCUUUCGUGCUGUGAUAAUCGGAGCUCCUGGCUCAGGAAAAGGCACCAUAUCGGAUCGCAUUGUCAAGACUUUUGGCUUUCUGCACAUCUCCUCGGGCGACAUUCUCCGCCAAAAUAUUAUCAACAACACGGAUUUGGGCAAAAAGGCACAACGCUAUAUUGCCUCCGGCCAACUGGUGCCCGAUGAGAUAGUGACUAAGACAAUGCUGGCCCGUAUCACGGAGGUUGGCAACAAGUCCUACAUUCUGGACGGCUUUCCGCGCAACAGUGCCCAAGCGGACAUUCUGUCGGCGCGUGAGCAAAUCGAUGCUGUUAUCAAUUUAGACAUUCCACAUGAUGUAAUCAUCGAGCGUGUAAAGCAUCGCUGGAUACACGCACCAUCCGGACGUGUCUACAAUAUUGGCUUCAAUGAUCCCCAGGUGGCCGGCAAGGAUGAUGUAACGGGCGAACAGCUGACCCAACGCGAGGAUGACAAACCGGAGGUGGUCUCCAAACGUUUGCAGCUCUACGAUGAGCUAAUGGGUCCAGUUUUGGCCUGGUAUGCGAAACGUGGUCUGGUUACCAGUUUCAAAGGUCGCGAAACCAAAGAAAUUUGGCCUCGUGUCGAGCGCUUUCUUAAGGACAAAGUCAACAAGGGUUAAGAGGGUGAUAUUAUGGCAAACAGAGAAAAACAGUUCAAUUAUGUGCACAAAUUUUUCUUUCUUAUAAAUAGGCAGCUGUUGCUAACGAGGAGUAAGAUGUGUUCAAUUAAGGCCUAACAUAUUAUAUAUUAGAUAUAUAUUGUGCGCAUUGGGGUGGGGCUAAUAGGGGGUUUUACGGUUCAUUGUAACUAAUUAAAUAUAAUUGCGAAGCCUUAUAAGCUAACUACAAACGAAUCAAAAGAGUAAAAUGUGUCCAAAUGUGUAUUUGUCUUUUGCCAUACAUGUGUAUACACUGAUAAUGUGCUACAACCAUCAGAAACAUUCCCCUAAUAAAAAUGUUUUGUUUUGAUAUGAAUAUUAUAUAUAAAUAUAUGUAUAUACAUAUAUGUACUUGUAUAAACUCUUCCAAGUAGGUGCUCUGAUAAUAAAUCGUUUUUUUUUAUGUGUUAUAUUACCUAUUGAUAACGUACUUGCUGAAUUUAAUAUGGAGCCAUAAGAGAUAUGACGAAAACCAUAUUAAAGCUACGUAACACAAAACACUUUAGCUAUGGCUUCCCAUAUGCAGCAAACUCAUAUGCGCCGCUUGUUCGUGUGUAGGGCACAACAGCUGUGUAGAGUGGCGCUCACGAAGUUCUCUCUCUCUCUCUCUCUCUCUCUCGUUUAGUCAAAUAGAAUUAAUGAGAUAAUGAAGUUUAGUAAACAGAAGGACGCCACAUUGUUCUCUCUUUCAUUCUCUUUCUGAAGGCGUUUUAACUCACAGAAACUACGAUAUGCAGGUGUUUGUUUUGAUUUUGAAACUUUGUAAGUGUAAGCAAAGGAAUGCAGUGUAGUAACUGAUGAAAAUAAAUACGAGAUUUAUGCUUAUCUAAUAA